AUACAUUGAUGACAGUUUUAGAUGUCCCAACCCAGUCACUGGAAAACUAUUUUUUACACAAAUCAGAAAUAUCCUGGUAGUGGAUAAACAUCAUUAAGUGGAGUAAAAAAUCAAUCAGUACAAAAUGCAAGUGCCUCUGCUGCACCGAAGUACCCAGAUGGUGUUGCUGAAGAAGCAGAUUCGGCGAAAGGCGAAGGAGCUGCGGCUGCGCAGGCGUAGGGCUCGUCGACGCCUGGAGGUGAUGCACCGGAUCCGGGACCAUCUGCUCCACAGGAUGCGGAACUUGAUAGAUGUGCGUCAACGGGAUGCGGAGAUGGAGAGGCGGGAACAGGCGAGAAGGGCGGUGGGCGGGAUGCUGGCCAUGUAUAAAAGCUGGUUGCGCAACUGGUCAAGAGCUUUGCGGCUUCAAGGUCGCUUAAUUCGGCACCAGGAGCAGCUGAAAAAAAGACUGCAUCGCAGGCUUCAUCAAUUGAGGAAGCAGCUGAAGAAGCGCCGUCAUCCACAACAAGUGGUGGACAAGUGCUUCAAUAAACUGGAAAAAGCGGUAAAAAAGUGGCAAAACAGUUCGCAGUACCAUAAGUUUGUUGAGGGUCAAGAUGAUAUCUGGGACGCAGAGGCCAAGGAGGUUCGAAAGUACCUAUCAGAUAUCCGGGGCAGGCGGCCCCGAAAGAUACGUAGGGUUAGGGCUAACCAGGAUGACGACAUGGAAGACUUUGCACAUUUUUGGAUUACUGAAGUACAACGAAAAAGAGCAAAGAUCAAGAAUCAUUUAGUCACCAAGGAACCAAAACGUGACUUGGAGUUGGAAGAGGCCGCGCCCGGAAAAACCAUAAAGCCCCUUAGGAAGAAGAAGAAAUCCAAGUCCAAUGCCAUUUAUCUCAGUAUAGAUGAACUCGUCAUUCCAAAAAAAGUUAAAAAACUGAGGAAAAAGAAGAAAGCUGUCCGGAAGCGAAGAGAACCGGAUCCGACGAAACCAUCUCUCGAUGAACUUAAGAUAUUGGUAAGAGAACUUAUAAGAUUCGAUAAGAGAAGGAAAGACAAAAAACGUGUUUCUAGGAAGCCGAAAAUCACUAGGAUUGCCAUCAGAAAAGAACGUCUUAUAAGUAUGAGGGAAAAACUGGGCUUAUCAGAUAUUUCAAUACUUUCCGAACCACAGUUGCCCAAAAAAACAAUUCGAAAAAAGCCCAGAAAAGUAGUUCAGUUAAAUGUGAAGAAGUUGCUGGAUGGGGUCACUGUACCAGAACCGAAAAUCCUAAAAUCUGAGGUAUUAGGGUCGAAAAAAUCUCGAAAGUUUAAAAAAAAGUUGAAGAAACAUAAAACAAAGUUUGUGGAUAUUGUUAUAAGAGAUGAGCUAAAAGCACUUUUACAAGAAAAGAAAAAGAAAACGAUUUCCCAUCGUGGCAGACAGAACGCAGCUGCCUCAGGAGUAUUACAACAUAAAAAGGCCCCCUUAAUGAAACCUAAAAAUGUAGUCUCUAGAUUGUUCGGCGACCUUCCCCUCUUUAUGAGGCACCAAGUAAGAAAAAAGAAAUUGGGGCACCAUCCCAAAGGCUACUACAGCAGUUCGAGUAGCUCAACCUACUCCAGAGAGGUUGAUCUUAGCUCUGAUUCCGGAAAAGGCGCCAUGGUGGGUAAACACAGGAAGGGACAUAAGAUACGUGCCGAUAGCAGCGCUUCCCAAAUAGAUGUUAUAGUUGAUCUAACGUUCGACCAAGCAAGUGAAGAAAAAAAUCAUUCAAAACACCGGAACGUAAUGGAUCCAGCCUCUCGUUUUUCAGAGGAUGGAUAUCUGUUGGGUAAGCUUAAACAUCGACGAGCCGAAAAAAGCGGUUCCCAAAAAGAAUUCGCCAGCGAUAGUGUUGUAUCUCUGAGCGAUUCGCUGAACAAAAUUUUAGCGUCCAACCGACCACGGAAGAGUGUCCGUAGGUCUAUCCGCACACCACUAAUGCUACCCAAAAAGCUGCGUGUUGCUCCUCCAAGGGGACAGGACGAGAGCCACUAUCAGUCUCUCAAGAAGGACAUUAUGUACAUCAGAACUAGUGAUCAGGAAACAGAGCAACAGAGAAAAUCCAAAAUCCAAAAUCGUUGGUCAGUCAGCGAUCCAGUAGUGAACAGUCGAAGGCAAUCGAAGAGGUUCCUUCCAAGGAGCAUUUCCGAUACCGAUAUCAAGCAAAAGAAGACUCCAACCACCGAUGGCGAUCAGCCCCAUAUUCAAAUUGGGGAAACUCGGGAAACUGUAAUCCCAAGUGACGAACCCCGAAACACCAGAUCCCCCUCCAAGGAUAAAAUGCGCCAGCCCUACGAAUUCAACUACGAGGCUCUGCCAGAUGAUCUUGAGAAGUUCUUUGAUCCUUUACGAGACCAUACUUAUGGCUAUGACCGACACGAUAAGACCCCGGACGAGCAUUACCUGGCGGACCUCCUUCACCCCAGCCACGGAAGGUUCGCUAUGAAAGACCUGAUAUCAGACAAUAAAUACAAGCCCUUGCAGAGGUUACUCAAGGACGUCAUAGAAAAUAACCAUAUUAUAGAGUUUGUGGCGGAUGUCAAGGGACUUAUGGAGACAGUGGGGCGCCACCCGAUGUGGGCCAACCUCCAAAACCUUCACAGUGAAUUCAUGGAAUCGGGCGUCAGUCUAGAUGAGGUUAAGCAAAUGCUUACCGCGAAGUAUUUGGAGUUUCUCAAGGGCAUCGUGAGCGAUAUGCACUUUGCUCGGAUACAGCCUCCACGAGAUUCAAUGCUCAAUGUUGUAGAAAGCGAUCCUGCCAAGUCUAAGCAGGCUAGCCAGGUGGACACGUUGUUGGAGAAAAACCUGUGGAACAGGCAGCGGCUCAGCACACGACUCAUUCCUUUCGGGAUGCGAGGACUUCCAGGGAAUAGAAGCGCUACGCCCCACAGCCGGCGCCAGUCGCAGGAUGCCAGGAUGAACAGCGUCCUGUACAAAAAACUCAUCGAGCAGGAGAUGAAUGCGGAGCGACUGGAACGGGAGGAGCGCAAGCGGCUAACCUACGGGUCAUACGGAUCGUCCAUGAGCAUUAACACCAGCUUGGAACUGGCGCCCAACGAGGAGCAGGAAGUGCGCGAUAUCGAGAUGCGGUACUCCUUAGUCAACAUCAACAGCAUUGUGGACGACCACAAUCAGAUGUUCAAGGCUAUGGAACGUAAAAGAGCGACGGCAAAGAUUGUCCACAAGGAGAUGGAGGGGAAACUUGGGAAAAUGCUUUCUUCCGCGCAAUUCAGGAGACCUACGAGUAAAGAGGCUUCUACGACCCACAAGAGGCGUCGAAACCUCAGGCCCAUCGAGCAGCUUUACUACUCACCCCGGAAGACUUGUCGCCUGCAGAAGAUCUCCGAUUCAUCGGAGUGUUCGGGAUGCGAGUCCCGGGAGAGCGGAAUCGGGGAUGAGAUGGUUCUUGAGAAGUGUCCCAGAUGUGGAGUCAAAGUGCCUGUUCCGGCACCCAUUCCUUCUUUUCCCCAGCCAUCCUCAUCCAGCAGCGAGAUCUUGUCCAGCGGAUCAAUAGAAGCCUGUGCUAAAAACGAGCUGCUAAUCAACAGCCUUGCAGAUCUUUGCUCACGCUGUGGCUAUGUCCAUGAGAAGGGGCAUCCUUGUUCCCAGUUACCCUUUAACACGCGGAAAAGCAAACUACUAAAGAGGAUUAAGGAUACCAUACGAACUGCCCCGGAGUGUCCGGCCUUCUGCUCACCCCGCGGGAUCCUCAAGAAACCGAGAAGUUGAUCCUUGGACGGAACACAAGAAGCUGUUGCAGCCAUCAAGUGGCAACCAAACUCCGGAAAUGCACGGAUAUGAGCACCAAAUCAGCCGGCUGAGGCGAAUGAAACAUUUGGUUUAAGUGCUAAAUAAAUUCCAGUAAUGAGUUUGCCUCUGUCUGUGGGUGUGCCUGUGUUGUUAAAUGCUUUGCCAAGUUUCAUAAAAUAUGCAAGGACUUUUGCACACACACACCCCCAAACACGGCCAAGCUCAUGCGAUGC